AUGGUCCCAAAUGAAUCUCAACAAUACAUGGGGAUUGUUCAACUUCUUCAACAUUUUGACUGGACGUGGGUUGGGCUAUUUUUUGUGGAUAGUAAUGGUGGAGAGCAUUUCUUACAAAUUUUGGAGCCCCUGCUUUCUCAACAUGGAAUCUGUUUAGCUUCUACACAAAGAAUCCCACAAAAAACUCAUUGGGAUAAGAUAAAAGAUAUGCUUGAAUUAGCAUCCGAUAUUUACAACAUUUUAUCAGACAAUAAAACUAGUACAGUUAUCAUCUAUGGAGAAUCAUUGACACUUUCAUGGCUGAAUACUAUCAUAUAUAUACUUGGACACAGCAGUGAAAGAGCUCUAUUAUUUGGAAAAGUUUGGAUCAUCACUGCCCAGAUUGAUUUCCUAUUGACAGGAACACAAAGACAGUUUGAUCUUGAGGUCUUUCAUGGUGCCAUUUCCUUUACAAUUCAUUCUGGAGAACAUUUAGGGUUCAAGGAAUUUGUUCAGGACAUACAUCCUUCUUGGACCCAAGGAGAUAGAUUUCUUAAGGACUUCUGGGCACAAGCAUUUGACUGCAUCUUUCCAGAUCCCCUGGAUGGUAUUUUGGAGAAUGACACAUGUACUGGGAAAGAGAGGGUGGAGAAUCUUCCUGGACCUCUUUUUGAGAUGCAGAUGACUGGACACAGCUAUAGUAUCUAUAAUGCUGUCUAUGCUUUGGCUCAUGCUUUGCAUGCUAUCUCCUUACUCAGGUCCAGCAGAAGACAUUUGGUAGGAUGCAAAAAAUCUUUAUGUUUUGAUGUGCAAGCUUGGCAGCUCCACCCAUUUCUUCGAGGUAUUUCGUUCAACAAUUCAGCUGGAGAAAAUGUGUCCUUGAAUGAUAAUGGGGAAAUGGAAAGUGGGUUUGAUGUCAUAAACCUGCUAACAUUUCCAAAUGUCUCCUUCAAGAGGGUGAAAGUUGGAAGGAUGGAUCUAGAAGCUCCUAAAGGGAAAGAAUUAAUCAUUCAUGGGGAUAUAAUCACGUGGCACAAAAAGUUUAAUCAGGUCCUUCCCAUUUCACUGUGCAAUGAACUCUGUCAGCCUGGUUAUCAAAAAAGAGUAAAAGAAGGGGAAAUAUUCUGCUGCUAUGAUUGUGUUCCAUGCCCAGAUGGCAAGGUCUCCAAUAAGACAGAUGAGCACGAUUGUUUCCAGUGCCCAGAAGAUAGAUAUCCAAACCAAGAAAAAAAUGGAUGCUUCCCCAAAACCAUUGCCUUUUUGUCUUACGAAGAUCCUAUUGGAAUGAGUUUGGCCUCAGUUGCUUUUUCUUUCUCCCUCAUCACAAUCUGGGUACUUGGGAUUUUUAUUAAGCACAGAGACACCCCCAUAGUCAAAGCCAAGAAUCGGGACCUCACCUACACUCUCCUUGUCUCCCUGUUGCUCUGCUUCUUGUCUUCUUUCUUAUUCCUGAACCAGCCUGGGAAACUGAUUUGUCUCCUCCGACAACCAGCUUUUGGCAUCAUCUUCUCUGUGGCUAUUUCUUGUGUGUUGGCCAAAACCAUCAUGGUGGUGGUCGCUUUCAGGGCCACCAUGCCAGGGUCCAACCUGAAAAGGUGGUUGGGGAAAAGACUGACCCUCUCCAUUGUCCUUUCCUGCUCUCUUCUCCAAGCAGGUACUUGUUCUGUGUGGUUGUCAAUCUAUCCUCCAUUCCCUGAGUUAGACAUGCAUUCAGUAAAUGAAGAAAGCAUUCUGCAGUGCAAUGAACAAUCGGUCUCCAUGUUUUACUGUAUUCUGGGCUACCUGGGCUUCUUGGCUAUUGCCAGCUUCAUUGUGGCUUUCCAGGCUCGUAAAUUGCCUGACAGCUUUAAUGAAGCCAAGUUCAUCACCUUCAGCAUGUUGGCCUUCUGCAGUGUGUGGGUCUCCUUUGUUCCGACAUACCUGAGUACCAGGGGAAAAGCCAUGGUGGCUGUGGAGGUCUUCUCUAUCUUGGCAUCCACUACUGGAUUACUGGGGUGUAUCUUUUUCUCUAAAUGCUACAUUAUUGUCUGGAGGCCCGAAUUAAAUAACAGGGAGCAAAUGAUACGAAAAAAAUAA